CGCACCCACACAGGUGUGGGUCCGCCCAACCGCAGAGGUGCUGUGUGCGCAUCGGUGUGGGUAGCUAAUUGGGCGGCAGACGCGCGGCAGGCACAGGCACAGGCACCGCAUUGCGUCGCCGUCGUUGUUGUCAUCGCAAGUGAGGUGCUCAGUGCUCAGUGCCCAGAACCACCGCCAAAUAGCACUUCGUAUCACUGCUAACCGCUAAAGGUUGCGCGCGGGAAAACAGCCACCAUCGCCAUACGGAUGACAGCACCAUAUCCAGAUCGCCCCCAAAGUUCCUGCCGUUUUACUCAAUUGGCGCGCCUAAAUUUAAACAAGAAGUGUAUCUCGGCAACCCAGAAAAACACCUGGACACGCCGUGCAUGUGAUAACUUUUGAAAAACAACGAAACAAAAAACACAACAGAACUGAAUUCAAGUGAUAAAAAACCAAACUAAGAUAAAACGCUGGAGCAAAGCCAAAGAAGCGCCGAGGGUAAAUCAAUUUGAUGGUCUGCAAAACUAUCUCAACGAGUUUAAAAAUGCAGCUGAAGAUGGAACAGCAGACAACGCAGCAGCAGCAGCAGCAGCAACAAUUGCAACAGCAGCAGCAGCAGCAACAGCAGACGGUUCUGACCAAGCAGCAGCUCCAAUUGCUGGACAAGAUCAAGCUCGAGUCCAGCAACGGAGCCGAGCAGCUGUCGCAGCAGGCUGCCAGCAAUCUGGAGGAGCAACAGGAGCAGCAGCAACAGCAGCAGCAACCUGCAACAUCCGUGGGCGUCGUGGUGCAGACGAGUCAGGCGGGCGUCAGCGAGCCGGAGGAGCAGUACGUGGUGGUGCCACGGAUCCAGCGGCGCAUCCUCACCACAGCGGGCACACUUGAGCUGAACGAAGCCCGUGAAGGAGAGCCGAGCACAAACGCCAGCAACGCGAGUUCGGGAUCCGCUCCGGAUAGCCACAUCGAGUACCAGCGCAGUGCGCACCACUCGCCCGGAGCCACCCACUACGUACAGAUGGCGCCACGCAACGCGGAGGUGCCGGAGCAGGUGGGAACCGCCGCCGGAGCUCCACCCGGUGCCAUAUUCGCCUAUCCCUCCGGGCAGAUCAUCUGCAGCGGCGACGAUGUGGCGGCCAUUAAGAUCGAGACCAUCGAGAAGGGCGAGGCGGCGGGGGAGUCACAGCAACAGCAGCAGCAACUGCAGCAACACCAGCAGCAGCAGCAGCAACAGCAAUGUCCCACGCCCAAUGGCGGCAGCUAUGGAGAGACCAUAGUUAUCAGCAGCGAGGCGGAGGCACUGCAGCAUCACCACCAGCAGCAGCAGCAGCAGCACCAGCAGCAGCAACAACACCACCAGCAUCAGGCGGCAGUUGCAGCAGCGGCGGCCCAGGCGGUUCACAUAGCCACCAGUUCGCAUGGCGGCACCGUGCGCUUCGUCACGGAGGACGGACGCUUCACCACCGCCGGACCGGAGACGUCCGCCUCGAAUCUGUACUACGAUGCCCCCGUGGUGGAUGGCAGUGUGCACGCCAACGAGUCCAAGACGUACGCCGAUCUGGGCAACGCCUACACCCCAUUCCCCCGCUCCAGCUUCAAUAGCAACAGCUAUGCGGCCACUCUGCAGCAGGGCAACACCAUCUACAGUGUACCGGGCACCGGGCAGUUCCUGGCCAAGUCCGAGUCCGGCCUCAACCAGCUGCGCCAGGCCGGUCCGGCCACCUUCCAGACGAUAUCCUUCAACGACAGCGGCAACCCCAUCGAGGCCCUGUGGACCUCACCCGCUCCGCCGGAGUACCAGAAUGUGCCUUUCGGCAGCUUCCACCCGCAGGUAAUUGAUGAGUACACCACCGGCAACAUGACCACCACCCACUGGUCGCCCGCCGGGAGCAUCGGACAGUACGAUGGGAGCCUGGUGGCGACCUCGUCCACCUCGUCGCCCAACCACGAGCUCAAGUGCGAGAACUGCCACUCGCCGUUGAUGCGCAAGGGCGUCGAGUACUUCUGCCCCAACUGCCCGCCCUUCAUGCGGAUGGCGCCGCGCAUGCCCCAGCGGCAGGCGAAGCCCAAGGCCGCCGCCGCCCCCAACAACCGGCGCAACGGGGUCACCUGCGCCAACUGCCAGACCAACUCGACCACGCUGUGGCGCCGCAACAACGAGGGGAAUCCGGUGUGCAACGCUUGCGGGCUGUACUUCAAGCUGCACAACAUGAACCGCCCACUCUCGAUGAAGAAGGAGGGCAUCCAGAAGCGGAAGCGCAAGCCAAAGAACAACGGAGGAGCUCCCAUGCACCGGGCACCGCUGCCAAGCAUGUCGCAAGGAGUCAACCUGAUGGCGAAUAGUCCGCUUUAUCCAUCCCAAGUGCCGGUGAGCAUGCUGAAUAGUCAGCAGAAUGCCAGUCCGGAGCUGCACGACAUGUCGACGACGGGUCCGGCGGGUGGACCCCGGGUGGUGGCCAUCUCCCUCAACUCGUCGGCCCCGCCCACCGCCGACGGAACGCUCAACAUGUCCGCUCGUCACCACGUGACGGGUGAGAGCCACUCGCCCUACAGUCAGCACUCGACGUCGACGCCCCAAAGCCAGUCGCCGCAUCUGCCCAGCACAGUGGCGAUAAACCGCCAGAUAGUCCAGCCAGUACCCACAAUCGAAAGCGGUCGCAGUUCCAACAGUGAGCUGACCCCCAGCGUAAUCACGCGCACUGGACUCCCAGAGCGAUCAUCGAAUAACUAAGCUAACCAACUAACCCUAAACUUAACUACAAACUAAAGUAAUCUAACGUAAUCGUAACCAAAAUGUCAAAAUUGCCAAAAUAUUUAUUUAAGCCCUAGCCAUAGAUAUAUAGAGCCAAGACCAAUGUCCCAGUUAGAGGAAGAAAUACUUUUCGUCUUCCUCCUUUUUAGUCAACUGCUUACAGCAAAAAUAGUUUGAAAUGAUUUGUGCCAAUCACUUAGGAUCACUUUGGAUCCACAGCGCUGUACUCUAGAGGUAGUUUAGCGAAAAACAGCACAAGCCCAUAAAGAAGCCUACGAUUUUGUAUGUUUAAGCCUCUUUUUUAAUUCAACAAAAUAAAUAAGUUGUAAACACAAGA